GUGUGUGUGUGUCAGUAAGUGGGAGUGUCGUGGUGAGUGGAUUCAGUGCAGUGCGCAGUACAGAGGAAAAACCAGUGUUUCAAAACUUUAUAAUAAUUAAUCAUUAUUAUAACUAUUACAAUGAUUAUUACUUUUUAAAAAGUUUUGACCCGAACAUGGCGAUCUGGACUCGAGCGGAACGGAACGGACAACUGGACCUGCUGCUGCGGGACCGCUGGAUUCGGGUUACGGCGGAACUCACGCGCGAAACUUUGACUUUGACGACCGAGUGCGAACCGACCGGGACCGAGUGCUACAGUCACGCGCCCGGGACACGACCCGCGGUGGCUAACGGGACCGGGACCGACAUCGCGAACCAGAACCGCGAGCAGAGCCCGAAUUUAUCCGGAGAACAGAACCACUUUAAACUGGGCGGAAGUAACGGAGCAUCCGGAGAGCACAACAUCCACUACAGCAAGGCAACACGCGACAACGGAACCAGCUCCUCUGAGCUCGGGAGUCCCGCUUCGAGCUACGGAAGUCCCGGGUCAGGGUUUGGUGAUACCAGUCCAUCAUCUUUAUCAGAGCUGGUCCGGAAAGUUCGGGUGGUUAAACAUGAAUCGGGCGGGUUGGGGAUCAGUAUUAAAGGAGGGCGGGAGAACAGGAUGCCCAUCCUGAUUUCUAAAAUUUUCCCCGGACUGGCAGCGGACCAGAGCCGGGCUUUGCGGGUCGGAGACGCCAUACUCUCCGUGAACGGGAACGAUCUCCGCGAAGCCACGCACGACCAGGCGGUCCAGGCUCUGAAGAAGGCCGGGAAGGAGGUGACGCUGGAGGUAAGGUAUAUCCACGAGGUGUCUCCUUUGUUUAAGAAGCCGCCAGUUAUAUCGGAGCUAAACUGGGACGGGAGCGAAGACUCUCUGAAACACAAUGCCACCAAAGACAGGAAGAUCAUUCCACUGAAAAUGAGCUUCAUCUGCAGGAACCUUACCAUGCCUGACCUGGAGAGCAGGUUGUUGGAGCUGCACUCUCCUGAUGGUCAGCACUCAGUGGUUCUGCGCUGUAAGGACACGGCCACUGCACACUCCUGGUUCACGGCCGUACAUGCCAACAUUGCCGCACUGCUGCCACACACACUCACACACAUCAACUCCUACCUGAGCGCCUCCAACACACACACACAACUUAAACACAUUGGCUGGAUUGCAGAGCAGGUAACUCUGGAAAAUGGCCGUCACCAGUACAGGCCAGUUGUCAUGGCGAUGACAGAAAAAGACAUCCUUUUGUUUGACUCAGUGCCGUGGACACGAGAGAGCUGGAGUACCCCACUGACCACACACACACUGCUAACCACCCGACUUGUUCAGUCGGGCAGGACCCACGGUUCUCCACCACUAGGUUCUGAUCUUCACUUCAUGACUCGGACGGGUUCUAGUCGCGGUGUUGAGUCUCACGUGUUCCGUGUGGAGACGCACUGGGACCUGUCGUCAUGGACACGAGCGCUUGUACAGGGGACGCACAGUGCCGCCGAGCUCGUCAAAGAGGUGUCCAUAGGGUGUGUGUUGAACAGGGAGGAGGUGUGUUUGAUGCUGCAUUAUGAGCGAGGUUUCACUGUGUUGCGAGGAGGAGGUGGAGGUCCUGCAGGUGGCGCUGUGCUUCUUCACUAUCCUUAUGACAAACUGCGCAACUCAGCAGAUGACGCAGUCAGACUCCUGUACCUGGACUUCGGGGGUCCCGAGGGAGCUGGUGUUUGAUCUGCAUUCCAACCCAAAGCCGGUGGUGUUUGUUCUUCACUCGUUCCUGUCGGCCAAACUCGCACGCCUGGGCCUGAUCACAUGAUCACAUGCACGGAUGGAUGGAAGGAUGAGUGGAGCGCAGGGGAGAGUGGUUUGAAGAAAGGAUGGAGGGAUGAAUGUAGAAUGUUACAUAAAUACUCCUCCUAUUACACACUCAUUUAUCUCACUUAGUGGAGUAUCAUAAUGGAUUACUGAAUUUUGUACCAUUUAUGUACACUUAUAUGCACGUGUGUGUGUUUGUGUGUGUGUGUGUGUGUGUGUGUGUGCAUGGUUCAGGUUAACCACACGUGCCUUUGUGUCUAAUCACAAAUCAACAUAGGAAGAUGGCGCUAAAUAUGCAAAAGUAUUAUUUUAUGUGUUUGUUUGUAGAUAUUUGUGUUUCCUGACUCAGACUGUUACUGUCUAUGAGUGUGUGUGUAUUACAGUGUGAUUCUUUAUGGCAUAAACAAAGCAAUCUGAUUGGCUGUCAGAGAGUAACCGAGCAGCCAAUCAAAAUGCUGCUUUACCCCGCAGAAGGUCACACGGAGCAGAUGUUUAUUUAUACAGCACUUACAAACAAUUACAUGCUUAUAUUAUAUUAUAAUUACAAAUAAUAAGCAUUUUCAAAUAAUAAAUGCCAAAGAAAGAACAAUUUAAUAAGUCCAUACGUUCAUUAAUUUCCAAUUACGAUCGUUUGAACUUUUAUCUGAAUAUCUAUUAGAAUUCCUACUGAAAAUGUCUGAGUCUUCUGUGAAUUCGUCACGUUAGCGUAAGAGUUAGACAGUAAGAGGAAGUAUAAGGUGAUUAGUAUUCUAUAAACUGCAUUCAGAGUAUUGAGUUCUUGUGAAUGCUUUGAUGUGGGAAGUGGGAGGUUUUGCGAGGAAGUUCCCAGUUAUCACAGGAGCUGCAUUACAACAACAAAAAAGUCCUUCAUCAAUUCUGCAGCUGCUCAACUAUACUGGUAUUUCAGGUGCCACUCUGUUAAAGUUCAACCUCAGAACCCAUUUCCACUGUAUUAGAGAGACUCGUUUAGAAAAGUCAAUUACCUACAGAAUUCCAAAAGCAUUCCCAGACUUCGGAUCGAACCAUAUCCAGAAAUUCUGAGCAGAAUAAACUAAAAUGUGUAGAACUUUAUACAGGCGUCUGCACUGUACUCUUUACCCAAUCACAGACAAGAAUUAUAAUUACAAUAUUACUACUACUAAUAAUAAUCAUUGGAGCGUAAAGCUGAUGGAGGCAAAACAACAUUCCACACAUCACGGCCCAAUAAUCCAACAUUCCGCACCUGACAGCGGAUUGAGGGACGCGGCGUUCCGUAUGAGCGUGUCUCAGUGAUCGGUUGGAGAUCAUAACCUGGAAUUUGAUCUGAUAUCAUUACCAGAGACAUUCCAAUGCACGUUAGUGUUCGUCAUGGAAUUACAUGGAAGUGUUCCAAACCGCAUUCAAUAUAAAGGACAUGCACUCGGGCAGUUAGCUCAUCUUCACUAACGAGUGUGUUCAGUGUGUGUCGUUAAUCAGGAAGCUUUUCACCAAGAUGGAGAUGAAAAUAAAACUAAUGAGGAUCGUUAAAUAGAGCUGAUAUCCGACCAAUCAGAGAUGUUUAGUAGGACAAGCUCCACUUGCUAGGAGGUCCUGCUUCUUCUUGUGGAAAUGUGAUCCCUUUAACUGAGUCAAGGUGUGUGUGUGUGUGUGUGUGUGUGUGUGUGUGUUCCAGACAAAUAAUCUUUCAAUGUACAGUUGUGUGUGAUGUAGAUGUACAUCCCAGACCAACAAAACACACACACACACACACACACACACACACACACACACACACACACACAGAGGAAUGUAAGGCCUGAUGAAUGCACUGUGUUUGAUAUUAUUCUCUUUAAAAUUAUUAUAUGUUUAUAAAGUAUAAACUAUUUUUUUAUGUGCUUUUUUUCCACACCAAAGUUUUGUAUACACGGGAGCUUUGCGUUCACACAAUCGUAACACAACAGAAACAAAGUGAGAGAUUAUUAACACACACACACACACACACACACUGCUGCUGCUGCUGCUGUAACCGUUCAUGCAAAAUACUCUUUAUAACAUAUGCAAUGUUUAAAAUCUCUCUUUAAUAUGUAAAUAAAUAAAUAAACAGCUGUUGCACAUUUA